ACGUUAUUUAUGGCAAAACUUCCGUAUUUAUUCGACACGUCUGAAACGAUACCGCAACAUUGUGAUAGAGUCUUGAGUUUUAUUAUAAAGGCAUGUCGCAUGCUUGUAAACAUGAGUUUUUCGUUGACGCUCUUGAUGGCUGCUUUGCAAUACGAGUAUGAGUUCAUUAGCAUACACGUGCAUACAACGGUGCAAUAGAAGAAAGCGUGUUACUUGUUUUGUUGGUGUGAUCAUCCUGCUGCUAUUGACGUUAGUUUUGGCGAACAGAUCGCUUACAUAUAGCCAACUAGAGUGUGAAGAACUUAGUGGAUCAUUCUCAAAUAAAGUGACUGUUACUGGCACCGCAAAUGCAUGUGUUCCAAAGUUUCUUCCAGAAGCAAUCUCCAGUGUGCGAAAUUUACGCAAAAAAAGAUAUUUUAAUCCGCCGCAACCUAGAACUUCAGUGCACACCCCUUAUGGGAAACGGCUCUGUCCUCAGCAAGUCGUUCGAAAUUAUCAAUCACAUUACGCAGCUCCAAAUGAAGCACAGCUAUCUACACAGCCAUAUCAGUACUUCAUUUGGCCUUCUCUCGCUCGCCCUUGGAAUGAUGUUGGUAACAACUACGAAACUAAACAUCCUCUCUCAAAAAUGCCUGAGAGAAAUUGUUACUGUCCCUUUCCUCUACUGGCAAAGAACAAGCUAUGUUAUCAUGGUAUAACAUGUUUCCCAAAAACAACCACCCCCAUAAUAUCAACUACAACGGCCAUCAUUUCUACAUCUUCUACGAUAACAACAAUAUCUUCAACCAAUACGGAAACUACUACAACAACAACCACAGCUCCACCUACCACGACAACUACUACAACUCCACCUACAACGACAACUACUACAACCCCAACUACAACGACAACUACUACAACCCCAACUACAACAACAACUACUACAACCCCAACUACAACGACAACUACUACAACCCCAACUACAACGACAACUACUACAACCCCAACUACAACGACAACUACUACAACUCCAACUACAACGACAACUACUACAACCCCAACUACAACAACAACUACUACAACCCCAACUACAACGACAACUACUACAACCCUAACUACAACGACAACUACUACAACCCCAACUACAACGACAACUACUACAACUCCAACGACAACUACUACAACCCCAACUACAACGACUACUACUCCCACAACAACUCCGUCCACAACGACUACAGCUAGAACUACUCCCACGACUCCCACUACAAUUACUCCCACGACUCCAGCUAGAACUACUCCCACUCCCCGACCCACUAGGGCACCUGGACGCUAAUUCAUCGUAUAGCUCAAUCUCAUUCUAAGACAUUUGUCUAAGUAAAUCUUCUUCUUCUUCUUUGGCUCAACAACCGUUGUCGGUCAAGGCCUGCCUGUACCACUUGUGGGCUUGGCUUUC